AUGUGCAGAUUCAGCCACGUUGACAAGGUGGCCAAGUCUGUCUGGCCCAACCAACAACUCUGUGUGCUCCAACCUGCAUAUGCAGUCGAAUAUGAUCCUGGCCUCCUCGCCUCUGAAACCUGGACUGGUUGGCUUUAUGGCACUAUAAAGCGCCUUUAUUGGACGACUGAUGCGGGCCAAAGCACAAGUGUUGGACCAGACGGGCCAUGGCAAGCGAUAUGGAUAUACGACUGGUAUAGCAACAUCACCUACAACUUCUGGCCAACUGGCGGUGUGAGAACCAUGAUGGUGCCCGUUGGAAAUGGCGACGAUUACAUCAGCGCGUACGGGCAACCGAUCAAAUUGGAAUCCGGCAGUGGAGUGCGUCUUAUGCGAUCCUCUUGGCCUAUCGGACUCGACGAGAAUAUUUCAGGCUACUUAUGGCGCGACCGUAUGAACCUAGUUUCACGCGAGGAUUCCCAAGCUGAAGAGUCUCGGGCCGAUAUAGACCUCAAUAUCUUUAUUCCCAGCGAGUCUCCUUACCCAGGGGCAUACUCCAAUGGGUCGAACGGGAAUAAAGCCGUCGGAGCGCUCGGCUUGGGCGCAGAUACUAGCACUAUCCAACAACCGGACGACUUUCCGCGAUUCAAGAUCGACACAGUCACAGGUCAGCUAGUGUCAGAGGAAAAGAUCGCUAGCAAAUCCUGGUUCAUGCAUAUGGGCAGCGUACAUCUGGGCCAGCCAGGCUCCUUGACUUUGGGGGGCUACGAGCAAAACCGGGCGUUGGGAAAUGUGGGAACGUUCUUCCUGGAUGGCGAGCUCCCUCGAGUGUUUCUUACUGAUGUAUAUCUCGACUUUGAAACGGGGGAAACGCCAUACAACGAGACUGUUGGAAGUGUAUGGCAAGAUAUUGUCAUUGAUGAGGAAGCCCAAAGCUCGGUAGAUCAAUACGGUGGCCCUGCUGGGUCCGUUAUGGUCCUACCGAACGCAGCGGCUCCUUAUUUGUAUCUUCCUCGAGGAGUUUGCGAAGCUGCGGCUAUGGCCCUACCCGUCCGCUGGGUUUCUCAAGUCGGCUUAUACGUUUGGGAUUUCUCUGGGCAGCCGGACAGAACGAACCGCUUCAUCAACUCGCCAGCCUAUAUGGGUUUCACUUUUUCGGACGAAAAAGCGAAGAAUCUCACUAUCAAGAUCCCGUUUAAGUUGUUGAACCUUACUCUUGACGACACUCCAGCAAGGCACGACAGUGUUAAUUGGGGGAUCGACUUUUAUUGGCCCUGCAAGUCAUGGGAUAAGCCGUCUGCAACGGAUCCCUCCGUAAGUACAUAUCCAGGAAGUCGAUGGCCAUUGGGUCGAGCCUUUCUACAAGGUGCUUUCACCGGAUUCAACUACGACCGAAAAAGAUUUUAUAUGGCACAAGCACCCGGCCCAGGAAUGGGUCAGCGAAUUGUUGUCGACGAUGAUAGCGAAACGAUACGGUCGAAACCUGAAGAUACCUUUGCGGAGACGUGGCAGGCGUAUUGGACGAAAAUCGAGCCGCUGACACCUAACGACACGACUGGCGUCAUCUCCACCUCCACGAGCGGAAUAGCAAAGAGUGCCAUAGUGGGCAUUGCGAUCGGAGCGAGCUGUGGUCUAUGUGCGUUGUUGGCAUUGCUUUGGUUCUUCUGCCGGCGGGCUCGGAGAGACAGAGACCAAAGCGAUGGAAAACAGGGAAAAAAGAGCGGUGACGAAGGAGUUCUGGAUGCGGAGUUCUUCACCGGGGGUAAGGCUGAAAUGGAUGGAAAGGGGGUGUCAAUCUCAGAACUAGGGCAUCACGACUGGAAGUCCGCAUUGGGCGAGCAACAGCCUCAAGAGUUACCGUCGCCUUUCAAUCCGCCCAUGAAUAGCAGCCAUGGGUUCAGCGACAUGGUUUUUGAGCUACCUGACGGCAACUGGGUUUCCCAUGAGAAAGGGGAGAAGGCAAAGAAGGAAGAGAACGGGGGCGAAGACGAGAAAUCAAAAUAA